AUGCCGGUCAGAUCUAGAUGGAGAAGACGGCUGGGCAGUGGUGGUGGUGUGGAGUUGUACAGUUCGCCGGAGAAGACUGGCUUUACCCAAAAGGGAAGCCCUUUCAAAAAUUCUCGACGGCCAAGGACGAACCUAGGCCGAAGAGGGGGUUUGGAAAUAGUUUUCAACCAGCAAUAGAUGCGCCUCGAUUAGUACCUCACUAGCUGCGUCAGUGCCCCAAGCGCAAAAAUAUUUCUCUAUGCCUUUGCAAUCAUAUUUUGUAGUCCUCAUUUCUGGACCCUUUGUCUCCGCAUGAUCGAUGUGGGAUAUUGCCGAGUCUUGAGAAUAAGUCACUUUCAUAGUAAUUGUUACCCCGGAUUUCGAUAACAAUUAAAUUUGUAAGUGAGGUAUAGGAUAUGUGGAUGAAAUAUAUAUAUGUGAUUGUUGUGUGCGAGUGUAUCGAAAUUGGUGAUUUACACUAAAUAUAUGUGUUAAGUAGUAUGUAAAUAUUGGAUGAGUAAAUAAUGCUAAAGAAGAACACACAAAUUCGGACCAAUAUCAGAGAGAGAGAGAGAGAGAGAGAGAGAGAGAGAGAG